UCAUAAAACAGUUUCGCUAGUUAUGUUUCUCGGUGCUUCAUAAAGCUUUUUCGGGUUAAAUUUUAUUUUCGUGAAUAUAGCAGCAAAUGUGUUUAACGAAUAUGUGCUAACUAUAGGAACUUUCGUAAUAAUGCAGUUCGUGUUGUCGGUUUAAGUUAAUUAAAAAAAAAUAUGUUCAGAUAAAAAUGAAGCUAUGUGAGUUUUGUGUUUGAUUAAUUGUGUGCUUUCCUAAUGAGCUCUGAAGUAUGAGGCAAGGUCGUGCCGGCCAAAGAAAAACAAAAUGCCUUAGCCGUCGCGUAACCCCCUCCAUCACGCUGCCUGUCACCCUGGAGGACCCCGCCACAACCUGGAAGGGACCGCCGCCCGGCUCGGAGCCCCAGAACUUCGCUCCAAACCAGAACAAUUCCUUUUCCGGGCCGCCGGCGGGUUACCAAGGUCCAUCCCCAUUCCAGGGACCACCAGCGGGGGCAGGCUCACCAGCGGGGGCUCCUCCAUACCAGGGCGGACCACCUCCAGGCUCGACCACACCACAGUACAAUGCGUCACCCGCACCCUCGGGCUCGUCAACGCCAGGCCCCGGGCCUCCGCAGAGUGUCGGUAGUGCCGGUUUUCCCCCACCCCCGAACAGCUCGGGACCACCUUAUAACGGACCGGGCCAUGGACCCUUCGGCUCACCAUCGGGUGGUGGACCCCCUUUCGGUAGACCUAGUUCGUCGGGGCCUCCGUUCGUGGGCCCCGGCGGUAACCCGCAUUUCUCAUCUCCUGGACAGUUCGGACCGGGGUUCGGUAUGCCGCCAGGAUCGCCUUUCGGGCCGGGACCGGGGCAUCCCAUGUCGGGACCUAUGGAACCCAGCCAUGGGAUCAUGGCUAGACAGAUGGGUGGACCCGUACCUCUGGAUCAAGGAUCCUUACCAGUACCUAGAAGACAUACGCCGUAUUUUGGUCAACCUGACUAUAGAAUAUAUGAGCUCAAUAAAAGGUUACAGCAGAGGACGGAGGUAAGCGAGAGUGAUAAUUUAUGGUGGGACGCCUUUGCAACGGAGUUCUUCGAAGAUGACGCUUCCUUAACGCUGGCGUUCUGCUUGGAAGAUGGUCCUAAACGAUAUACAAUCGGGAGGACGCUCAUUCCAAGAUAUUUUAGGAGUAUAUUCGAAGGGGGUGUGACUGAGUUAUACUAUAAUAUGAAACAUCCAAAGGAGUCCUUCCACAACACUAGUAUUACAUUGGACUGUGAUCAGUGCACAAUGGUGACGCAUCAUGGCAAACCAUGGCAAACAAAGGUCUGUACAGAAGGCCGAUUAAUCCUAGAAUUUACAUUUGACGACUUAAUGAGGAUAAAAUCGUGGCAUUUUACGAUAAGGACACAUCGAGAGCUCAUCCCCAGGUCUGUAGUAGGUGUACAUUCGCAACAGGAUCCUAAUAUGUUAGAACAGUUAUCAAAAAAUAUCACUAGGCAAGGAAUCACGAAUUCUACACUCAAUUACCUUAGGUUAUGUGUGAUAUUAGAACCCAUGCAGGAAUUGAUGUCCAGGCACAAAGCAUACGCGCUCAGUCCAAGGGACUGUCUAAAGACAACACUUUUUCAGAAGUGGCAGAGGAUGUGUGCCCCGCCGGGUAAGAGAGAAUCUCAGAGACCUGCUAAUAAAAGAAGAAAACGCAAAGGUUCAAACUCAGGGGGCGCAGCAAACAACUCAGCACCAACGCCAAAUAAAAAACGAUCUCCCGGGCCGAAUUUUUCCCUAGCGUCCCAGGAUGUGAUGGUAGUGGGUGAACCGUCGCUCAUGGGAGGAGAAUUUGGAGACGAAGAUGAGCGGCUUAUAACACGAUUGGAGAAUACCCAGUACGAUGCAGCCAACUCGCUGGAGCAUGAUAAUCAUGGUUUCCAUGCGGAUUCGCCGAUGCCCGGCUCGAACUCUUGGGGCGCUAGCGUCGGAGAUCGAGGCGGCCCCCCCCAAGGAACCACUCCUAAUCAGGACUCUGAUAAAAAGUCACCUGCAGUCAGUCAGUGAUGUUAGGACAUGGACAAGGUUCUAGAGUUUCAGUUUCUUCAAAGGUUCAAAUUAUUCUAAUACAACUUCCUUCCACCCCUGAAUAAACUUUCCUCUUAACAAUAAGUUUCAUUUUCUAAUACUCUUGAUGAACUUGAUCCAAGAUGUAUGACAGAAAUUCUAUAAGUUUUAUAUCAGUUAGAACAGCCGCCAUCGAAUUUGGAUUCUAUAUCGAACUUAGGCCUGUGGAAGUAAUAGUCUUACGAAACUUUCCUGAUAAACAUAUAUAUUGUUUGCAAUAACAAAUAGAUAUUUUUAAAGAUUUACCAAUCAUACUUAGGUUGCAAGUCUAGUCCCUUUUUCUGAAUUAAUUGUCUUCACGAUUAAAUUCCUUUAUUUUGACACAUCAUGACUCAAUUAACAGGAAAUAAGGAUUCAUAAUUGAAUUUUACCCAUUACCUUACAAUUGGGAAUAGGCAAAAGAAAAGUAGACAAACUUGAUGGUGUGUCAUCUUUUAUUCUGAAGUUUUUCCAAUGCAAAUCACAAAAUUUCCCUUCCUAUUAAACCUAAUUUAAAAAAGGUCAGUUUAUGUGCCUACCAUUAAAACUUGACAAAAAUCACAGAAAAGCUUCGUUCGAUUUUGAAGUAAUCUCGAGAAAUCUCUCCAUUCAAAAAACAUACAUUAAGUAUACCUUGAUUAAUUUCAAUUGGGAUCUUAGACUAUUUACAAACAGGUCAGUUCGAAUGAAAAAAUGUUGUAGGAAGGCAUCAUCUACAGUCUAAAAACCAUCACCUUUUGACAUAGUUACAAGGAAAGAUUUAUCAGGAUAUUACGAAAAAUAAAAGAGAAAAUAGACUCGUUUUAUGUUACCUUUGAAGGGAAGAUCUUAUUGGUAAAAACCCAGUGUUGAACUAUUCGAGUGGAAAAAGAAUACAAUGUGCAUAUGGUUUUCUUAUCAGUGAUACAUAAGCAGUGAAAGAAGUGUUACAGAUUAAAUCGUUGGUGCUUAUUGUAUCUGUACAGAAAGUAUCUGCAAGGACCAAAAAAAUGGAGAGGAGUAUUUUCAUUCAGGUACAAUAAAGAGCAAUGCACACGUCUCAGUGCAAUUUUAUCAGUUCAGUCAUAUAAAGAACGGUCUGUUUCUGGUACCUCUGUUGAAAUUCUGAAUUUUCAGAUAGGGAAGCUCAUUUGUACAGUAACUUCAAGCAGUCCUUUAGAUAUGGAGCAAGUAAUGAGUUGUAAACAAGCUAUUUUUUAAGUUUUAAAGUCUGAAACACUUGAAACUGAAUCAUCUUGCACCAGACAAUUAAUUUGUAAAAUGGAAUGAUAAAGUUUUUUUUAAUCCGUUUUCAAGUUGUUUAUUGGAGAAAAUAUUCUAUAAAUAUUUACCUUUUUAUGUAAACACUGUAAAUUAUUGAUUCAAACAAUUUUAAUUUAAUUGUCAGGUGCGACACAAUGAACGGGUAGAUUGAUCUAUUUGAUUAGUGAUCAAAGCCUCUUUUUAAUUCCAAAAGAGUUUCUUGAAGAUUUGAAUAGGUUAAUUACUUAUUUUCAUUCAAGUAUCUCAGACAAAGUAAUUUCAAGUGAAAGGACGAGAAUUUCUUCAUUUGAAGAAUAUUUCCCGUUUUAGGAUCAAUUUUGUAUAGUCGAAGCUAAAUUAAAAUUGUAAAACAUACAUAUAAAUAUUAUGUUCGCAAGGAAAAAUGUAAGUUAUUAAUUUCAACAGUUUAUUCCGUUGUAUAUGGGGAAAAUUUCGACAGAGUUUUAAGCUUUUAAGUGAAAUUGCAAUCAAUUUUCAAGAAAAAGUAGAAAAAAUUAAAUUGCCAAAAAUAUUGGAAAUGGUUAGUUAUGAUAUCUACAUAGCAACAUUGAAAAAAUUUUGUCCUUCUGAAAGACAACUGGGAAAAAAUGUUGAAAAUUUAUAAAAAAAAGUUAUUAUUACUUUAAAUCAAAUAUAUCUGUAGUAUGUACAGUUCAACUUUAGGUCUGUUCAAUAUAAAAAAACUGUUUCAUUCCUCUUCUUUAUGGAAGUAAUAAGUAGCGUUAAUUUCAUUUUUUGGGUAAUAAUAAUUGAAUAUUUUCGGAAAAAAAGUUUUAAUCCUCCAGUAUUUUUUCCAUGUUGAUAUUGUAUAGAACAUAACUUGAGAAAUAAUCAAUUUUUCUGCUUAAAUGUUAUGUCUCUGUUGAUAGAUUCCCUAUUUCGUAUUCUUUAUAUAGUGUGAAUGAGGAUGGGGUAUUUUAUAAAUAUUUUUUUUUAUAAUGAAUGGUCGAAAUUUUUUGUAUUGGUGUUAGAAUGAAAGUUUUAAUUGUAACAAGUGAUUGAAAAAUAAAAAUAUGAAAAUUGAGGCUGCGGUAAUGUCAUUAAGUCUCAUUUCCAUCUGUGUAAAUGUGUUUUUACAACUCUCUUGUUAGUAGUUAUGUGUGUUUACUUGUUCCAAUUUGGUUUAUUUCAACUAUCAAUUGUAAUCUCAUGUGUAAAAGAUGUUGUACUCAGUACAGAACCUACUGCAACCUCACAAAUACAACACCUACAAAAAAUGA